AUGAAGAUGCUACAGUCCUUGCAACUUGGAGAGGGGCACCCCCAUCAUGCCUCUCUUGCAAAACUGCAGGACACUAUUCCAGUGUAUGCCCCACAUCCACCAAAAAAGACCAUGGCAGAAACCCUGAAAAAAUCAAUCAGCAAAAAUGAAACCAAACCCCCUAAGCCUGUGGAACAUCAAACAACCACAACAAUCACCUCUUCCA